GCCUGCGCCUUCUACUGCAUCUUCCACGUGUCGGACUGGGGGGCCAAGUGCGACUGGUCCGGCUGCGGCGGCUGCGAGCGGUGCGGGGCCCCGGCGCCCGCCAGGAGCGGCGAGGAGCCCCCCGCUUCGGCGGAGCCCGAGGCGUGCUACGACACCUCGGAGGGUGAGCCCUGCUACCGCGCCAUCCAGUGGGCGAUGAGCAAGGGCGUGCCGCAGCACCCCGAGUGGUACAGGGACCAGGGGGA